UAGGGCUGCCAAGUAAGUACUAACUACUAUGUGUACUAAAAAUUGCUUUUGAAGUGUAUAGAAUAACAGGUUGGUUGAACCGAUGAAUGGUUAUAAUUGAUAGUAUCAUUGGAAGUAUCCUGCUUGUAGAGCAAUUGGUAAAGACUUUCCAUUUUUCUGGGUCAAUAAUGAGACUUACAUUAUCAUACCGAGUAAAACCUCAUCCUACAAAGCAGCAGUAUUAGAUGUUUGGCAAAAGUCAGAAAGUACUCAGAAACCGAAAUCGACCCUGACAAGUGCAUGAGGAAAAUUAGUUGUUUCCAACUCCAAAUGUAUACUGAUUUUUUUUAGGCAACCGACAUGUAUUAAGGCUAGAAAUGUCAUUAGUCUAUACAACGCUGUGCGUGCAUGCAGGGUUCAUAGAUUUUGGUUGCCUAGGGAUAUGUUGCAGUACCUACACAGGACUCUCCUGUGUGGGUACUGCAACAUGUAUGUGAGUGAUAAUCAAUUGACAUAGCUGGCUUGGUUCAUACAUGUUCGGUUGCCUAGGGAUAUCAUACAAAUCUGUUGCACUACCCGGGUAGGACAGCAUUCACCCUGCGAGCGAAUGCUGUCCUGUCAACAUGUAUGUGCUAUGAUGAAGGCAUUGCACUACGGCCAAUUCAAGGUGAAUGCAAAAUGACAAUAAACCCAUGAUGAAUAAGUGCAUGAACGUGUGUCAACAGCAAAGAUUAUACCACAUACCGUUGAGCAAUGAUGUACAAACAUAACUAUGAACAUACGUAGGUAUAAUGUUGAAUUAUAUUACCAUAAUAUUUCCUUCCAGAGAUUGCUCGAAUAGUCUGUUUGAUGAAACUAUGUUAUUUACAGGCAAUACAUCUUACCAACUGAAGGUAAUUUUUGUUGAAGUAUAUAGUACGUAGCAUACCAUCACUACAGUUACAACUUUAUGCCUUCAUGCACAGCAAGGGUUAUGGUACAUGGUUUGUGAGUGUAUCCAUCCGUCUAUUUGUCUGUCUACAACGUUUUCUACCACUACACACACAAAGCAAAACCAACGGGUUCAUUGCUUGAUUCUUACAAAUUUCACAGUACUUUGCGGAAGUUAAGACGUAAAGUUUGUUAGCCUGUGUCAUACUCUCAGAAAGCUAGCACAAAGUAACCAGCUCAUCGAUCAGUGGUACUGACCUGCACAUGCGUUCACACAUGUGUUUUACUAGUCCACCGAUGGUUUGCACUUCAAGACAAUGCCAAACACAGUGUGUUAACCUCUUAUACUAUUCUUUACAGGAAGCAUUUAGGGCCCAUUUCAGAAAUAUAACUCGCAUUAUGGACUGUGUCGGUUGCAGUAAAUGUAAGCUGUGGGGGAAGUUGCAGGUGCAUGGUAUAGGAACUGCUCUUAAAAUUCUCUUCUCUGGAAAGAAAAGUACCAAGUUUACCCUCAGAAGACGAGAGGUUGUUGCCCUUUUCAAUGUGUUAGGAAGGUUUUCUAGCAGUAUACAUCUGUUACCGAAUUUCCGAAACCUAGAGGAAAAAGGGUCAACUAGACAAAAACAAGAACUGUAACUUUUGAUUUUCAAUUCAGUGCUGUCUCCACAUGAUAUUUUUAUGGCGAUCCUUCAAUUAUCACUAUGUUUUACAUAGAAGGAUAACAUUAGGUAUGUACACACUGCCAUGAAGAUUAAAAGAGGCAGGAUAAUGAGGUUUCGAAGUCUAUCAUUACCACCAUGGAACUUGCAAAGAGAAAUACUUCGGGCUAAAUUAGUUAUAAGAGUUGUGCAGCUGCCUGGGCUUCCCUACCCAAGGCGAUGAUAGCUAGCUAGUUGCUAAAUAAAUGGGAAAAUUGCCUGGGUUUUACCUCGUGAACACAUGGAAUGUUUAGACUGUUGUAACAUAAAACCCUCAGGCCUGUAGUCGAAGUCACAACUGUGCCAACAUAUCCCAUGUGGCAUUUGGGCCAAAACAACACUCCAUGCUACACC